AUGAAUCGCGUAUUUCAAACCGCCGGCAAAGAACCAGGCCUACAAGUGUGGCGCGUCGAAGAUUUCGAAUUGAAUCUGAUCAGCAAAUCGCAGCACGGAAGUUUCUACAACGGAGAUUGUUAUUUGGUUCUGUGCACGAAGCGCUCUGGAAACUCGUUAAUUUAUGAUCUGCACUUUUGGAUCGGUUCGCAAUCUUCGCAAGACGAGCAAGGCGCUGCUGCUGCUCUGACGACUCAGCUGGACGACUAUCUCCGUGGCUUGCCGACUCAGCAUCGCGAGUGUGAAGGCGCCGAGUCCAAAGCCUUCCGCGGCUAUUUCAAGGGAUCGUUGAUCAUCAAAGAGGGCGGCGUCAAAUCUGGCUUCAACCACGUCGAGACGAACCACUACGCGAUCCGGCGACUGCUCCACGUCAAAGGAAAGAAACAUGUUCACGCGCGCGAGGUGCCGCUGUCGUGGAACUCGAUGAACGACGGCGACGUCUUCAUCCUCGACGUCGGCCAGGGACUGAUCCAGUGGAACGCGCCCAAGUCCAAUCGCCAGGAGCGCUUGAAGGCUGCUGAGCUCGCUCGUAACAUCAGAGAUCGCGAGCGCGGUGGAAGAAUUCCAAUCGUCACGAUCGACGCUGGCGAAGAAGCAGACUACCCUCAAUGCCAAGAAAUCAUCUUCAAGCUCCUUGGACCAAAGCCGGACAAACUCCACAAAGCCCGGCCCGACGACGCAGUAGACAGAAAAGCAGCCUCGGAGAUCAAGCUCUACCACGUUUCAAGCGCGUCGGGGCAAUUGGUCGUGACGGAAAUUGGAGAGCGACCCCUCGUGCAGAAGAUGUUGGAUCACAACGAUUGUUACUGCGUGGAUCUCGGAGGUCAGCAGAUUUUUGUUUGGAAAGGACGCGGCGCCACGGCAGAGGAGAAGUCCGGCGUGCUUUCAAAGGCGACUAAGUACAUCGAGGCGCGCGGGUACCCCAAAACUACGCCCCUCGAAAUCGUCAACGAUGGUUCCGAAAGCGCCCUUUUCAGAUCCGUCUUUCAAACCUGGAAGGAUCCCUACGCCGUCUCCAGCCCACAGGCUCCUUCGCCCAAAUCGUACUCCAGCUCGAACAUUUCCAAAGUCAAGGCGACCAAAUUCGACGUCGAAUCAAUGCACGAAAAGCCCGGCGUCGCCGCCAAACACCGCAUGGUCGACGAUGGCACCGGCCAAGUCGACGUCUAUCGCGUCGAAAACAACUCGCUCGCCGAAGUCGCCGAAAAUCAACGAGGAAUUUUCUACGGCGGCGAUUGCUACAUUGUUUUCUACACUUACAUGACCGGAAACGUUCCCAAUUACAUAAUUUACAUCUGGCAGGGUCGCCACGCCGGACAGGACGAAGUCACUGCCUCCGCUUAUCUAGCCGUCGUCUUGGACAGGCAGUUCAACGACGAGCCCACCCAAGUUCUCGUCACAAUGGGAAAAGAACCAAUGCACUUCAUGGCGAUGUUCAAGGGCAAAAUGCUGGUUUACGAAGGUGGCACUGGCCGAAAUCAGGUGGAAGCAUACAGCGCGCCAAUACAGUUAUUCCAAGUUCGCGGGACAGAAGAGUGGUCGACCAAAGCCUUCGAAGUUCCACCGACAGCCUCGAGCUUGAACUCGAACGAUGUCUUCGUUCUUCUAUCAAAAAGAACAAACAGCGCUUUCUUGUGGUUCGGGCGGGGUUGCAGCGGCGAUGAGCGAGAAAUGGGCCGUCUUGUUGCGCAGCGAUUGACUGGCGAAAUCGAGGUUGAAAUCAUCGCGGAAGGACAAGAGACCCAUCAAUUCUGGGCCGAGCUGGGCGGCCAAGCAGAAUACGCAUCCGGCAAAGAGUUCCAGGACGACGGAUGUUUCGAGCCUCGCUUGUUCGAGUGCUCGAAUGCCAGUGGCACUUUCAUCUGCGACGAGGUUCUCCACUUUUCGCAAACUGAUUUGGACACCGAAGAUGUCAUGCUACUAGACACUUGGUCGCAGGUCUUUAUUUGGGUCGGAGCGGGAGCUCUCAAGGAGGAAAAAGAACAAGCCAUCGUUGCAGCGUACGAGUAUUUGAACACCGAUCCAGCUGGGCGGGAUCCAGCAACCAACAUCGUUCUCGUGAAACAAGGAAGAGAACCGCCAACUUUCACCGGCUGGUUUAUGGCCUGGGACCCGAACAUGUGGAGCGAGGGAAAAACUUACGAGCAGAUUAAAGCUGAGAUGGGAUCAGACGAUCUUUUCCGGUCCAUAACGCUGGAGGAUUUAAGUACUGGCGAAGCUAGCGAGAAAGUAGAAGGAGGCGGAAUAGACUUACUAAACCUUAUCCCCGUGCUUGACGGCGGCGCCACCCGCUUCUUGUCCUACGAAGAACUGGUCAAUCUGAGUCCAGAUGAAGCAUUUGGAAUCGACAUUACUGCCAAAGAAGCUCACUUGACAGACGACGACUUCGUUGCCGUUUUCCAAAUGACCAAAAGCGAGUUCAAAUUGUUGCCCAAAUGGAAGCAAAAUAACCUCAAGAAACAAAUGCGCCUUUUCUAA